AUGCACAGCCCUCAGCCAUGGCUGUUGCAGAUGCAGCCGCCGUUCCGCAUGAGCAGCAGCAGCACCAGCAGCAGCACAAGCAACAGCAACAGCAAGAGUGGUGAUGCAUCUUCAGGCUCUGAGACCCACCCUCUCUCUCUAACAUGUUUCUCAGUGUCCCCAUGCGUCCCUCCGGGGCCUCUUCUUACUAGCAGCAGCCCACAACCCAAUGCAAACCCGUUUGCUGUUGCUGCUGCAGUACCUCCAACCGUGGAGAAGUUCAAUGCUGCGCUCCUGCAACAGCAGCAGGGAGUUCUGAUGGCGGUAAGUGACACGGCUGCAGGAGCAAUAACAACCUCCGCAGGAGCUCCAGGUAGCGGCCAGCAGCAACAGAACCAAGGGCUUCUGCAAGAAAAUGGACGGGAGGCAGGAGGAGACACUAACCCCGCACAUGCUACUGCUGCCGCUGCUGCCUCUCCUGCCUGCGGAGCAGGAAAACUGCGCAGCAGGAGCAACAGCGGCAACAAAACAAAACGCAUCUCCUUGGGCGUAACUGAGAGCAGCAGCCACAGCAGCAGCAGCAAGAGCAAUAGCAACACCAGCAGCAGCAGCAGAAACAACAGCUGUAGCACGAGGCCUGUUAAGCGGAGAGCGAGUGACAAGAGGGGCCCUUCCUCUCCUGCUGAACACAUACUGUCGCUGCAACAGCAGCAGCAGCCGUUGCUGCUGUUGCAACAACCACUGCAGCAGCAACAGCAGCUGCUGCUGCAUCAGCCACCACACACCGCGCUCUUUGGUCAAGGGGCUGCUAGACCUGGUGAGGUGGACGGCAUUUCCCCACAGCAGCAUCAGCUUUUCCUGGAGCAGCAACUGCUGCUACAACAACAGCAGUUGCUGCAGCAGCAGCAACCACUGCAGCAGCAGAUGCCGGUGCUUCAAGAACAGCACAUUGUGCAGCAACAGCCAACGUACCAUCACCCGCAGAAUCAGCAGCAGCUGCUGCAGCAGCAUCAACAGCAGCAGCAUCCACAACAGCAGCAUCAACUGCAGCUGCAGCAGCAUCCACAACAGCUGCAUCAACUGCAGCAGCAUCCACAAGAGCAGCAUCAACUGCAGCAGCACCAACUGCAGCAGCAUCAACUGCAGCAACACCAACUGCAGCAGCAUCAACUGCAGCAGCAGCUGCUGCACCAGCACCAGCUGCAGCAGCAUCAACUGCAGCAGCAGCAACAGCUAGAGCAGCAUCAAUUGCAGCAGCAGCAGCAGCUACAGCAGCAGCAGCCGUUGCUGCUGCACAACGUGCCGCUGCCUUUUCUGUGUCCAGGGACAGAACCGCCUUGUGGGGCCCCCUCGUUGACUCCACUUAGGGCUGCUAGGGGGGCCCCCCUGGAGAUGCCCUGCGGAUCUCCUUUGCCUGUGGCUGCAGUGUACGUGCAGCAGACGCCGUGUGCUGGUGGCGCAUCAUCAGCUGCUGCUGUCCCUGCUGUACCAGCAGCAGCAGCAACAGCAGCAGCAGUUGUGCCUGUAUACGACAGCAGGAGCAGCCUGAGCAACUCCCGCAGCAACAGUGGCAGCAGGCAGGGGUCGGUCGUCUUCUCUGCUGAUGGGGCCUCUCCGGCUUUUGUGGGUUCUGAGACUGCCGUCCCUUCGGACGCCGACGGCGUGGACGGAGAUGCGACGCAGCAGGAGGGAAGUAUCAUUGGAUGCAGUAGUUUGCUGCCCUUGAGGGCCCCCACUGUCGCGGGUCCCCGCAAGGCUUCGCAGCGGCGGAGCUGCCGCUCAGCCUUUGGCUCCUUAUCUGCUGCGAGAGGCCCUCCUUCAGGGGGGGCCCACUGCCGAGGGGGCCCCCCUGAAGCCAUAGCGCGCCAGUGCUACCAUCAUCCAGUAAAGGGGGAAUGGCGGGCUCGCUAUCUGGUUGGGGGGAAGAAAAGAAUGAAGAGCUUUAGCCUGCGAAGACACUCCAAUGACGUUGCCCUGGCAUUGGCAGAGAUGUUUCUGGUGUAUGUACACCUCACAGGUUCCCCCGCGAGCGACCAUGAGGUACGCACGUGGCAUCAGGGCAUUCUAGCUCUGGCUCGUGCAGCAGCAGCUGCUGCUGUUGCUCCUCCUCCUCCACCUUCUGGGGUUGAUGCGGGGAGUACAACAACAACUACACCUGCUGUUGUUGCUGGAGAAGGGCGACCUUCACCUGCAGCAGCAGCAGAAACUGCUGCUGCUUCUGCAGCAAUUGAAGACCUCAGCGUCCUGCCUCUGACUGCUGAUGCCCCAGCGCAAGUUGGAGGCGAGAGGGACCGAGCCUCGGAUUCCCGUUCAUGGGCAUUACCUGCAGACGGGGAGACUGGUGGGCGGACUUCUCUAACUGAGGGGGGCCCCUGGGACCCCCAGGAAACUGAUGAUCCUAAGCCUGCUGCUCCGGGGUGGCGCGAGUUGCUGAGGGCCCUCAAGACCCACCCAUGGGUUGCCAAGGGGUCGGCUCUUUAUGUCCCUUCUACUGGGGUGUGGGACUACGACCCUGACGUGCUGCUAGGGGGGUUCCACCAGUGCCUACCUGAGGCCCAGGGGUCCCAGGGGCCCCACGAAGAAUGGGGCCUGCACCCAUCACUCGCAUUUAGCAGCGAGGCAAGAGCCCUUGGCUCCGAACCUUCAACGGGGACCUCCACGGGUAUGCCGCCGCAUACGCUGCAGCAGCAGCACGGCCAGCAGCCAGGUCAGCAUGCAAACGAGGCAGCGGCAGCAACAGCAGGUGCAUCGGUGGUUCCUGUCGCGGCGUCUUCGGGCUCGGCUCAGUAUGGAGGGACCCCUGCUACUACGGCAGCUACCAGUAGCAUUUGGGGACAUUCCUUUGAGGGUGCCGGUGAAGGGGCGCUGCUGCCGCUAUCCCAGCAACUCCUCGUGCAAGGUCCCCCUUUCCAUGUGGGCCCACCCGACGCUUAUGGAGGACCUUCAGCGGCUGCUCCCAGCACACGCCAGCAGGGGGCCCGCAGGCGGAAAGUGUCUGGAGUGCGCGGUGUGCAAAACAGCAGGAAACAGCAGCAGAGGGAGCAGCAGUUGCUGCGGUUAGAGCAGCAGCAACAGAAGCAACAGCAACAGCAGCUCUCCUCGGCUUUCAUUGGUUUGCUUUCCCAGCCGAGUGGUGGCCACAUGGACGAGGAGGCCCCCGACAUUGUGUGCUUAGACGGGGGAGGCGUAUCUCAGCGACAGCCGCCACUGCUGCCUGCAGUGGAUUUUCCCGCUGGUACAGACCCCUCGCAUAUGUGCGCAGCAGCAGGUGCUUCCUGGUGCUGCUGCUGCAGCUCAACAGGAGAGCUGGGAUGGGAUUGCAACAACUGCUGCAGCAGGUGUAAAAGGAGGAAAUACCGCAUGCAUCUCCAGAGAGCCCGCAUCUCGGAUUUCUUGCUGCUUUGCGGUGGCCUUGGAGCGCGCGGGGCCGCCUUCGGCAUGGACACAGCCGCCGUAGAUGGGGCAGCAGCAGCAGCAGCAGCAGCAUCAGCAGAAUUCCAGGGGGACUCGGGUAUAGCAGCAGAAGCAGCAAAUCGAACAGCUGUUGUAGGAGCAACAACACGGAAGCGGGGAGACGUGUUCCCUUCGUCGCUUCCGUGGGGCCUAUUGGGCAGCGGAUGGUUCCGCAUCCUGCAGCACCUGCAGCAGCAGGAAGACGAUGUGGGGCAACAGCAGCAGCAGGAAGACGAUGUGGGGCAGCAGCAGCAGCAGGGACAGCAGGAGCAACAACUGGAGCAAAAGGGGUGUAGUGGUGAGGAGCUGCUGCUCCCAGUGAAGGGUGCUCAUUGCGUUGCAGCGCAAGAGGGACCCGCAGGCCCACAGGGGGCCCCUACAUUUUCAGCUGCUAUCGGCCAUAAUGGCAUUGGUAUUCUUUCUCUGGCAGACAUCUUGAAAGGAGAGACAGCAUCAGCAGCAACCCUCAUGGCUUGGAGGCCUGUGCUGCGGACACCGAGGGCUUCCUCCUUGCCAUCAAGGUUGUGCUGGAGCGACACCAAAGUCAGCAACAAAUGCUGCGAAGGCAGUAGUAACUGCAGCAGCAACAAUUACUCAGAGAUGACUAGCAGUAUGGUCAAGAGAUGCAGCGCCAGCAGCACCAACGCGAGCGCCAGUGACACAGAAGCGGACCAUACUGCAGCGAAAGGGCUGCUGGAGCACAAGGUGCCUGCUGCAGAGGCGAAGCCGAAACCUGAAAGGGCAAGGGCAACGGCAACGGCAGCAGCAGGAGCAACAGGUGCGCAGUGUGUGGGAUACCCUGUCAAGGAAGAGGAUCGCCGCGAGCCCGCUGGCUUGGCAGGAGGGCGUGUUGGUACCUGCGCCCUCCCUGACGAUCAGACAGAAACAAUAGCAGCAACAACCACAGCAAAAGGAGCAGCAACAGCACCAACAACAACAACUGACGAAACUGGCUCUAACAGUGAGCGUUGCACUGACACUGGACCGACAGUCUUUGAUGCGAGCACUGCAGUAGAAGUAGGAGACGAAGGUGAUGGAUCAGCAGCAACAGCAGCAGCAAGUGCAGCAAAAGUAGCAAAAGCAACAGAAGGGAUAUCGGGAGAGGAAGGAGCUGCAGCAGCAGUGCGUCACUGGCGUUUUUUGAAGCUAAGAGCAGCAGCAGCAGCGGGUCGUAUCAAGAGUAUACAAGCAGCAGUUCGCAGCAACGAACAGGCAGCGCAGCUUCUUCAUGUUGCUCUGCACCUCUGCCGCCAAGCUGCAGCAGCAGCUGCUGCAUCGAAUCCUCCAGGAGUCACGCAGGAGGCCGGAACGAGGGCCCCUGACAGCUCCACAGGGGGCGGUACGGUCCAAGAACAGCAGUGUGAGCACCAGCAGCAAACGCAGCAGCAGUCGGAACAGCAGGAGGAGCACGAGCAGCAUCAGCAGAAGCAUAAGCAGCAACAGCAGGCUUCAGAAGCAGUGGCUGCUCGGAUUAGCGCCUUUGUUGACGGCCUCACGGCAGCGCGAAGGAGCAGCAAGGGGGCUCUCUUGUCCCGUGCUGCAGUGCAGCAGGUAGGAAAAGAAAUAUCGCAGCGGCUGUCUGCAGUUUGUCGAGACUUGACAGCAGAGAGCAAAACUAGCAGGAACAGCAAUAGUAGCAGCAGUAGCAGCAGCAACAACAACGACAGCAGCAGCGGCAACGUUGACAGGUGGAGCCUUGAGUGGGGGACCGUUUCCCAGGUGCUGGAGGAGUGUGACUGUGAAGAGCAAAGGCUGCUACAACUUCAAGAGGCGACAGAUAGUUUACUGCAGCAGCAAGAGGCCCUUUUGCGGGUAUUCAGCGAAGACAUUAAUUUGAUGUUGGAGACCACCAGCUGUCUCCUUUCGAAUGAAGUGACUGACGAUAUAAAAGAACAGCUAACAGCAGCAGCCGAGUGCGGGGGUGUCGCUAAGAGAAAGGAAGUCGAGGGCCCCCAGCUUGGCUUUACGGCCCCUUGGGGGUCCCUCUUCGUCACAGACACAGCGGAAACUGCGACUGAGUCCGCAGCAGCAACGGCAACGGGAGCAGCAACAACAGAGGAUGCUGACACUGCUAAGCUGGAAAGGGCCGAUGCAGCCUCCGCAUCCGGUGGAGUCGUGUGGAAUGCUCAGCCAGACAACGAUCUGAGGGCUGUAGCUUCGCCUUUUCCGUAUGAGCAUCGCUAUGUGGGGAGGCGUUUUUAUGGUGGCCCUGGAGGCUCUGCCAUUUGUGGAUACGAUUUGCUGCUGCAGCAGCGGGUUGAGAAGGUCCAGCUGUUCGUAAGAGGCCCACAAGAAGCCUUUUGGUGCUGCCGCUAUGGCGAGGCGGACGCCUGUGUAAAAGCAUAUGCUGUCAGGACGUGGGGGUUUGAGGGGGCCCUUCAGAAGGCAGUGGCCCUCAGGCUUGCGGCUUCUGGGCACCCGCUGGGCCAUGGCAUUGGAGACAAGGUACUGCCAGCACAGCAAGAGCAGCAGCAGCACAUGCUCAUGCAAGAUACACACCUUGUCCUCGGGCAAGAAUUGAACUUGGCGCCGCUCACAGGUGCCACUGGGGGACCUGUCCAGUUGGAGGAACAGCAGCAACAGCAGCAGCAACAACAACAGCAGACUCCGCUAUGUGACUGGCAGUGGCCUACCGGAGGGACCUCAAGUUCUCAAGCUUCUCAGGAGGCCUACACAAGCGGCAGCAUCUCCAGCAACGAUGGCAACAACAGCUAUACCAGAGCAGGAGGCGAUACCAUCAGCAGCAGCAACAGCUCUGCCCCCUCAUUGUCUGCCUCUUUGGGUACUGCUAGUGGAGAGCCAUCUGUUGCCUACGUAGUGCAUGAAGGCUCUCUAGGGCCCACCAGAAAUUGCCAGGUACCUGCUAUUCCCAUGAGGGGGGGGCGUAUGCAAGCAGCAUGCGAAGGCAAAACUGCAAACGGGGCCAUGUGGCUCCGCGGCUUCUUAGGGGACAAAGGAUCCCCAGGGGUCUACGGAUCCCUCCAGCAGGGAUCUUCUCAAGAGUUCGACGGGGUCUUCCUGGGGGACCCCUUAUUGAUAGAGGGGCCACUCUGCAGUAGUUGCAAGGGCUGGUAUGCCUAG